AUGGAAGAAGAAUUAAAGUGUCCGGUUUGCAAGCAGUUUUACAAUAAUCCAGUACUGCUACCUUGUUUUCAUUCUCUGUGUUUAAACUGCGCAUUUCAAUUGCAAAUACCUGUUUCUCAAAAUGGAACAGCUUCAAACGGUUCUACUAGAGAGAUUAUCGAUCGGGAUCGAGAUGAAUCUUCUGCUUCGGGUGCUGGAAGUGAACCCAGCAGUACAGAUUAUCAAGAAGUGGAUAAAUUAUCUAUGUUAAGUGAAACGGAUAGUGGUGUCGUUUGCAACAGCAGGCCCAGUAGCUACGUGGGUACGCCAAACAUUAAUGGAAUAUUGUUUCCCCCAGUUUCCGCUAGUGCAUUGUCUUUAUCGUGUCCCUUAUGUCAAAAAAUCGUUUACUUUGAUGAAAAUGGAUCGCAUAAUUUACCUAAAUAUAGAGCGAUGCAAACGAUAGUGGAUAAAUUCACCGAACAAAAGAAUUUAAUUCUUAAAUGUCAGUUGUGCGAAAUAAUACCAGCUUUGGAUGCUACCGUAAUGUGCGAACAAUGUGAAGUGCUUUAUUGUGACUUGUGCAGAGAAAAUUGUCAUCCUUCGAGAGGUCCUCUCGCUAAACAUAUCCUUUUAGAACCUUUACAGGGUCGCGCAUCCCUCCGAAAUAAAACUAAAUCAAAAGAUUUGCAAUGUAACGAACAUGAAGAUGAAAUAUUAUCAAUGUACUGCCUAACGUGUAAAAUAUCUGUUUGUCCUUUGUGUUUAAAUUCGAGACACAACAGUCACGAUGUUCAAGCAAUCAACGCCAUAGGUAAAUCUCAGAAGACCGAAUUGUCUCAACAUUUACAACAGCUUUCGGAAAAAGCAAAAUCGACUACGGAAUUUAUUCAAAGGCUCAAAGCUCUCGCCGAUAAAGUUAAUGAAAAUUGCACGGAAUUUGAAGAAUCGGUUUCUUUUCAAUGUGAACAACUCAUUAAAGCUGUUUUAUAUCGAAAAGAACAACUUUUAGAUUUUGUUCGUCAGGACAAAGAUUCAAAAUUAAGAGCUUUAAAAGAACAGGUUUCUGUUUGCACAAGUAAACUACAGCACACAACGGGUCUUUUACAAUUUUGCAUUGAAGCACUUAAAGAGACAGAUUCGGCUGCAUUUUUACAGGUUGAUUCUAUGCUUAUUUCGAGAGUUGCAAGCAUUGAUUUAGCUUGGCACAAAGAUUUAAUGGCAACACCAAGAGUUUCUCCCCAAUUCGAUCUCACUCUUGAUGAUAAAUCAGUUUUACGUGCAAUUCAGCAAUUAAAUUUCAUACAAAUGAAACCUCCUAGCGCACCGUUAAUUAUUCCUGAAGAAUGCAGCGCAGAAAACAACAGCGUUACAAUUGCAUGGCAGCAACCUCCUACUUCUUAUGUUGAGGGUUACGUUCUCGAAUUAGAUGAUGGAAACGGUGGAGAAUUCAGGGAGGUUUACUGCGGUAAGGAAACCAUAUGCACAGUAGACGGUCUUCAUUUUUGUUCAAUGUAUAAUGCUAGAGUGAAAGCCUUUAACAGCACCGGUGAAGGAGAAUAUAGUGACCUCAUUGGUCUUCAAACUGCUGAAGUUGCAUGGUUUUCGUUUGAUCCUUGCGUUGGUUCCAGUGAAUUAGUAUUUUCUGAAGAUAAUUGUUCCGUCACUUGCGAAGGAUACGAACAUAGGGUAGCGUUGGGAAGUGUGGGAUUUUCCAGAGGAGUUCAUUAUUGGGAAUUCGUUAUAAAUAAAUAUGAUACAGACACUGAUCCAAGUUUUGGUAUCGCCAGAUUAGAUGUUAUUAAAAAUCAAAUGUUGGGUAAAGAUGACAAAGGUUGGAGUAUGUAUAUUGAUAGAAAAAGAUCUUGGUUCAUGCAUUGUGGAAUUCAUGUAAACAGAUGUGAAGGUGGAAUUCAACCCGGUUCAACUGUUGGAGUUCUUUUGGAUUUAGAAAGACACCAAUUAAGUUUUUACGUUAAUGAAGAGCUACAGGGUCCAGUUGCUUUUCAAGACCUAUAUGGAGUAUUUUAUCCGGCUAUUAGUUUAAACAGAGGAGUUUCUGUGACUCUUCACACUACUCUUGACGCUCCUUUAGAUGCUGAAGGUAGCUGA